CCUGCCCUCAUUUUUCUCACUAACAGGCCUGAAAAGUGAACAAGAUGGAUGGGUCCAGCAAACAGCAAGAGGAGGAUAGUACUUUCACCAACAUUUCUCUUGCAGACGACCCAGACCAUUUAUCAAGAAUUUUGUAUCCAAGGCCCAAGAUGAUGAAUGCUGACAUGGAUGCAGUUGAUGCUGAAAAUCAGGUGGAACUGGAGGAAAAAACACGACUUAUUAAUCAAGUGUUGGAACUCCAACACACACUUGAAGAUCUCUCUGCAAGAGUAGAUGCAGUUAAGGAAGAAAAUCUGAAGCUAAAAUCAGAAAACCAAGUUCUUGGACAAUAUAUAGAAAACCUCAUGUCAGCUUCUAGUGUUUUUCAAACAACUGACACAAAAAGCAAAAGAAAGUAAGGGAUUAUCCCUUAUGUUUUAUGGAAUUGCUGCUGAUCAUUUUUUUCUUUAAAACUUGGAUAGAUUCCAGACGUUAUAAUACUUUUGUUUGUGGCUUCACUGAGUAUUUAUGAAGAUAAUGUCAGAUCUAAGCAAAAUUAAGAGCAUAACAGAAAACUCCCAUGAGUUUGUGUAUUAUGUUAGUCUAUGAAAACGUGCAAAUGUGCUGUAGAGACUUUAUAAUUAGAAAUGCAUAUAUUUAUGAAACUUGAAAAUGAAUGUUUUAUCAAAUUUGCUUUGACUUACAGGUUUAGCACUGACUUUAUUAUAGGCAUAGUUAGAGAUACAAGAAAAUAACCACCGUGUUGUGAAAAAGUGACCAAAAUCAUGUACUGAGUGCACAGCUUUAUGUACCCUGUCCACCAUUGUGUGCCUCUUCUCCGUUUGCUUUCUUCUCAUUUUCCUUCCCCAAGGAAAAAAUUGGUUUCACAUUUGUAAAAAGUAAUUUCUAUAGUUAAUCAUAUAGGGAGUAAUCUGAACUCUAACUGUAAGCUUAACCAAAAUAAGAUACUUUCUCAGUUAGGGCUUAUUUGUUGUAUUUAGGAGUAAGAUAGGAUAGUUGUUUCUCUUUAAUCAAUGAAAACGGAGGCUAUAAAAAUGAAGAUUUUUCUUUGAAUUGUCAAAUGGGGAAGAUUUGUUGUUAAAGACUUCCCUUGCACAGAGCUACCCACUUGGUUUUCUGAAAAGAUGUGCUCUGGUUGUGUGUGUGUUUGAAAUUUUAAAAUUUGAGGAAAAAUAGAAAAAGGGUGUGAAAAGAUUGUAACGGAUUCCAAAUGUUUCUACUUCAGAUUUGUGUUAAUCUCUGGCACAGAUUAGAUUUGGGAAUAUAUAAGAAAAUGGACUGUUUGGCUAACAUUAUGUAAACAAGACCUGGAAGAGAACAAAGUUUGUUUUCAGGUUUAUUUGUAGUACCCAGCAGAUCAACUUUGCAAAAUCCCUUAAGAGUGUGUUAGUAUCAAAAUCAUGAAUAAAAUGGGAGAGUUUUACAUGUAUAUUAAUUGACGCUUUCUCAGUAUUUUAUCUCACUACUUAGAAUCUUCUGUAAACCCAGCUGCUGGUUUGCAAAGUUUUAGUCAUUUAACAGUUUUUUUAAAUUUAGUUUGUAGAUUCCAUUUGGUAAGGAAAUGAGUAUCACGAGUAAUGUUAAAGUGUUACACAGGAAAAGAGAUCCACUAAUAUAGCUUAUGGUUACUAAAUUUAGGCUAAUCAUGAAGUAAUCUUAUGUUUGUAUUGGUAUAAGAUUUGAUGACUUUAGCUGUAUGAAUAUAUAAUAGUCAUACGCAAACAUUUUGCAUCCCUUUGUGACCUAAUUUUCAAACAUUUAAAAUUGUGUUGCAGUUAUGCUUUGCUGUUUAAUAAAAAGGGUGUUUCAAAAA